CAUAUAGGUACUUUACAUCUACACCUUGGACCACAGCUGGAAUAUUGCCGAGUGCUGCGUUAAAAAACAACAACACAAACACAGGGGAGCAUAUUGUGUUUACAGCAUGUUGCGGGUGAUGUUCGUCGUCUUGACGGUGUUAACGGUGGCGGUGGAGUCGAAAGGAGCUGGAUCCUCGCGGAAGGAUAAGUACUCCUGGACCAAGGCUGGGGGAUUAAAAUGGAACGAAGGCGAAUCCAUUGACAAGCAAGAUAAAGAUACUGACGAGGACCAACUGCAAAGUUCAGGCGAUGUCCAGACUCCAACUGAUGGUGAGACAGUGAUGAGCAAAUUACUGAAACAACAGGAGCACCUGCUUGAGGAAAUGAAAGGAGUCCGCAGAGACGUUUCCCAGAUGAAGUCGGCCAUUGGUGCUUCAAAUACCAAAUGUGGUCCAGACAAGCACUCUGUUGACGAUUCCAAUGGUGUCACAAAGUCACACAGUGAGCGUGGACAGAGUCCGUCCAGGAAACACACUCGGUUUGCGCACAGUGGUCAUGUCCAAAAGUUGCAUCGUGGUCGCGCCCAGAUAUCGUCCAAUGGUCACACCCAGACACCGCCCAAUGGUCACGCCCAAAUGUCACACAGUGGUCAGGCCCAGACGCCGUCCGCUAAUCACGCCCAGAUACCGCCAAAUGGUCAUGCCAAAAUAUCGCACAGUGGUCACGCCAAGAUGCCGUCCAAUGGUCACGCCCAAACGUCGCACAGUGGUCAGGCCCAGAGAUUGUCCGAUGGUUACGCCCAAACGUCGCACAGAGGUCAGGUCAAGACGCCGUCUGCUGGUCAGGCCCAGAUGACGUCCGAUGGUCACGCCCAAACGUCACACAGUGGUCAGGCCCAGAGAUUGUCCGAUAGUCACGCCCAAACGUCGCACAGUGGUCAGGCCAAGAGAUUGUCCGAUGGUUACGCCCAAACGUCGUACAGUGGUCAGGCCAAGAGAUUGUCCGAUGGUUACGCCCAAACGUCGUACAGUGGUCAGGCCCAGAGAUUGUCCGAUGGUCACGCCCAAACGUCGCACAGUGGUCAGGCCCAGAGAUUGUCCGAUGGUUACGCCCAAACGGCGCCCAAUGGUCACGCUCGGAUGCCGUCCGAAAAUAACGCACAGACGUCGUACAGCGGUCACGCCCGAACGUCGGAUCGCGGUCUUGCUAAGGGCAGGGGAAGUCGAGGAGAGGCGAAUAUGGCUCGGAAGAUGAUUGAUGCGAUGGGCGGGAUGGGCGGGUCAGUGUUUGGCCAAAAAGGUUCCGGUCGUGGGUUUUUCGGAACCAAAAGAACAUCAGCUUCCGGAACCUUUCCCAGGAUGUUUUCAAAGUUUGGCUAAUAGAAAAUAAUGGAAAGGUACGGGAACUAUGAACUAUCGUCUAUCGCGGAGCAUCUCAGUCACAUGCAUGAGUUCUGUUGUUGCAAAUGUUUCUUUCCGACACCUGGAAUAUGUUAAUACAUAAUGCUGCAUAU